AUGCCCACCCCGUGCUCUCCCCUCCCCUCACGCCGCGUGCCGUCUGGCUGUGAAAAAUACGCAGACCCGCUGUGCACUCCUCUCCUCUUCCCCCGGCGUCAUCGGCUGGGGAAUACUCCGCGGGGGCUGGGCCGUCGCUAUCAGCGGGACUUGUGUGCGCGUGACCCGGAGGGAGUGAGGGUUCCCGCAGGCCCAGCUGAGAGGCUCCAGGGAGAGGUCCUGUCCAGCCCCAUCCCGCCCAUGCAGUUCCCUGCCUUCGACUGGCCGCCCCAGCGCCCCACCCCCGGCUCCCGGGAGCUGGACCUCCUGAGCCCAGCCCAGGUCACCAAGCGCCACCGAAAACUACUGCUGAAGAACCCGUCCGUCGUGCGGCUCCCUGUCAACUCCUCCUCGUCCUCCGCCUCCUCCUCCGCCCCGGACCGACGGUGGCGUCUCUCUCGGCUCCAGGAGGCCCGCAAGCGGCUGGUGGCGGAGGUGUGCGCCAAGUACAAGAGCAACAUCAAGCGCGCGGUCACGCCCCACCACGUGUCGCGCAUCUUCGUGGAGGACCGGCACAAGCUGCUGUACUGCGAGGUGCCCAAGGUGGGCUGCUCCAACUGGAAGAGGGUCCUGAUGGUUCUGGGGGGCUCGGCCGCCUCCACCGGGGAGAUCAAGCACGACGCGGCCCACUACGGCAACCACCUCAAGCGUCUGGACGCCUUCGACCGGCAGGGCAUCGCCCAGCGGCUGCAGACCUACACCAAAGUGCUCUUCGUGCGCGAGCCCCUGGAAAGGCUGGUGUCCGCCUUCCGGGACAAGUUCGAGAACCCCAACUCCUACUACCACCCGGUGUUCGGGAAGCCCAUCAUCUCCAAGUACCGGGCCAACGCCUCGCAGGCGGCCCUCAGGACAGGCACGGGCGUGACCUUCAAGGAGUUCAUGCAGUACCUGCUGGACGUGCACCGGCCCGUGGGCAUGGACAUCCACUGGGAGCACGUCAACCAGCUGUGCAGCCCCUGCCUGCUGGACUACGACUUCAUCGGGAAGUUCGAGACCAUGGAGGAGGAGGCCAACUUCCUCCUGAGGAGGACCGGAGCCCCCGGGAACCUCACCUUCCCCAGCUUCAAGGACCGGCACCCCCAGGCCGAACGCACCUCCGCCCACAUCACCCAGCGGUACUUUGCACAGCUCAGCGCCUCCGAGAGGCAGCGGGCCUACGACUUCUACUACAUGGACUAUCUGAUGUUUAACUACUCCAAGCCUUUUAAAGAUCUGUACUGA